AUGCUGAGAACGACUGCUUCACGACAAAUAGGACUAAGGAGGGGCCUAGCUAGUAUAAAUGCAGGUACUACUGUCGCAUCGAACAAAGCUUCACAUAAAUUUCGCAAUACCUUAUGGACUAUUGCUUUGUCAGCUACAGCCUUCUAUGCUGGAGGCGUUAUAUAUUCCCAAAAGAAUGAAAAAUUUGGGGAUUUCUUUUCUAAUAAUAUUCCUUUUGCUGACGAUUUGGUGCAAACGUAUGAGCAUUAUCACGAUAGGCCAUCGUUGUUUUUAGAAGAUUCUUGGGACAACUUGAAGGCAAAAUCAAGCGGACUAGUUUAUGGAUUAGGGUCUAGACCACCAACAGGUAAAUCUAAAAAGGAAGACAUUGAAGUAAGAAAAAUUUUAUCACUAAAGCCGCUAGAUAUUGAAGUCGAUAAUUCUGAUCCGCAGCUGAAAGAAAUCAUAAACUCGCUAAAUGAUCUCAUUAAAAAUUUAAACGAUUCCGGAAUAUCUGUGCCUGAAACAAAAUUAAACUCAAUGAAGAAGUCCAGCGAAAAUAUGCUUGCGAAUUUGUCUCAACUUAAUGAAACACUAAAGGAAGCCCUAUCCAAAUAUAUGCUGCAGAGAACGUCUGAAGUAAUCACAGAACUGAAUACGCAGUAUGAAAAUUCGAAGAGGGAAUUCGAAAAAAAUCUUCAAAAAAACCUGUUGCAAGAAGUGGACGAAUUUAAAGAGAACUUGACAAGACAAAAAGACAAGGAGUUGGAAGAAAAGCUAAAGGCCAACGAAGAAUUGUUACAAGCCAAACAUGCAAAUGAAGUGGGUUUAUUGUCUAUCACUCAAGUUAAAGAAUUUAAUAAGAUUAUCAAGGACAAAAUUGAGAAAGAAAGAAAUGGCAGAUUGGCCCAUUUAGAGGAAAUUAACUCUGAAGUUAGCGAUUUGAGUAAGUCCAUUGACAGGUCGAGCAAAAUUUUGAGCAAAAACGAGGCCCUAGUACAAUUAACUCUCCAAGUAGAUGAAAUCAAAUCCAGAAUUUACAACAGUAACUUGCCUAAUGUAAAUAUUGACAAGGAAUUAUCCAACUUGAAGCUCCUUUCUGGCCUUUUUUCUACUUUUAACAAGAAACCUUGUUGUGAUGACGGAAAAUGUUGUUGUGACAAAAAAGGUGGUAAAAACGAAAACAAAGAGAAGAAAGUACCAUGCAAGUGUCAGCCAAAGAAAACCUCUCCAUCACUGCUAAGCGCAGCUUUAGAUGAACUGGAAUCCACCUGUAGGGGCAAUAACCUUUUAUCUAAUGAGCAAAUCUACAACAGAUGGAACUUGCUAGCGGACGACUUCAAAACUGCCUCUUUAUUGCCACCAAAUUCUGGUAUUUUAGGACAAUUAAGCGCAAAAGUCUUCUCUCUUUUCUUGUUUACAAAGACAGGUAACUCAUCAGAUGCUACUGAUUUUGAUUCUGUUUAUGCAAGAGUUGGUGAUAAGUUGAGGGUAUCUAACCUCAAUGAUGCUGUAGAAGAAGUUGUUUCCUUGAAGGGCUGGCCUCAUAAAGUUUGCGAAGGUUGGAUCGAAGAUGCAAGAAGAAAACUGGAAGUUCAACGCCUGGUAGAAAUUCUCGACUGUGAAAUAAGGACAUUAUGA